UUGGAAGACCUAAAAAAUGAAAUUGAGAAGAGACAAGCCAAAAAUGCCACCAAAUUCUCAGAGGACAUUUCCCAGCUGGAUAACUUGACACGAGGAGAAGAAGAGAAGAAUCAGAGAUCGGACGUGAAAGGCGCCGUCAGCAGGUGUGGGAAAGUCACUUUCCAUCUACCAGUAGAUAUUUCUCCAGAAUCAGAAGAAAGGGUUUGUCAUUUCUCAUGGAGGAACAGUGCUCUGAAGGAAACUCUGAAGAAGCUACAAGCCAUCAUCACCCUAGAUCCUGACACGGCUCAUCCCGACCUCAUCCUUUCUGAGGACCUUAAGAGCGUGAGACGUGCAGAAGGACAACGAGACCUUCCCGAUAACCCAGAGCGAUUUGACUACUGGCCCUUCGUGUUGGGAUGUCAGGGAUUCGUGGCCGGUCGGCAUUGUUGGGAGGUGGAAGUAGGAGAUGGUGGAGAUUGGGCUGUAGGGGUGGCCCGUGAGUCCAUCUGUCGGAAGGGACAUCUCAGUCUUUGUCCCCAAGGAGGGAUCUGGGGAGUGGAGAAAUGGGGAGGACAAAUUCGGGCACUCACCACCCGCAAAGUAACCCUCCUACCCCUACGUUGGGUGCCUCGAAGGGUCAGUGUCCACCUGGACUGCACCGGAGGGACGGUGGCAUUCUUUGAUGCAGAUGAAGGUGGACUCAUGUUCAUUUUUUCCCGUGUCUCCUUCACCGGGGAGAGGAUCCAUCCAUGGCUCUGGGUGGUGGGAGCCAAGUCCCAGCUUAGGUUGUGUCCCUGA